GGCUUUUAAGGUUAAAGGUCAUGAAGGGUAUUGACCCUGGCUAUUGAAAAGGUGGAGAUUGAGCUGAUAUACAGAUUGCUAUUAUAUAUAUAUAUAUAAGCUGGAGGUCUUUAGCUGACUGUGGACAAACUAGUACUUUUAUGUUAUUCAAGGUCAGACCAACUUAUGUAAUACUGUUCUGAUAUUUGUGUAUAUAUAUAGUAUCAAAGUAUUUAUGAUUAGCAUAGCCAGCUGAUUGACAGUUUAUGGUAUAUUGAACUUACAGUCAUAAGUAGAUAGCUAGCUGUAGACUCAGUGGAACCUUUAUCUUGAUUCCCUAGGGGCUGAAAGGGGAGCCCUAUACAUAUGUACAUGAUAUAACUUCACUGGCCAGUCAACACAGAGAGACACAGCUGGAAAUUGAUUAUUUUUCUGUGUGCCUUUGUACACAGGGUCUGUUAGCAAGGAUGUAUGAAUUAAUGGUCAAGUUUGACCUUCACUGAUGACCAAUACUCUGCAUGGAUAUAUACAUUGCAAGUUUGACACUGACCAUUUUGGACUGAGACAUGUGCAUGGGUGCUGUGUUCAAUUCAGCAAGGAUGUCUGGAAGUUUUGACCACUAUUAAAGUGCUUGACCAGUGCAGGAUGAGCUCCCCAUGGGCUAUGCUUAGUUUUACAGAGAGGGAUUUCACUCUGAGUUACCGGACACGAGAUGACGAAGGACAAGAGAUCUACCUCAGCAUGCUCUCCGACUGGGAUAUGGACGCAGCCUUCCAGAGCGCUUCUGACCCAUGUCUGCAGCUCAAGGUCGACCUCAAACCAUUUGAGGAAGGGUUGGACGAUUGGGAUAUCAUUGCCCCGGUGGACGUACCGCAAUACAAAGUCUCCAACCUGGUGGAACGGAACUCCAUCUUGGGUUCACUAACCGGGACAAUAUCAAAUCAAGUGGGACGGACCGUGUCACACAUGCAGCGUGUCAUGGGUCUGAGACAUGAGGAUGAACAACGAUAUAGGCCUUCAAAGUCUCCAAUGACGGACAUGGAAUUUAGGAACUACUUGGAUUCCUCAGGACAUAUGAUAAAACCAGAGGAAUUCCGAAUUAGCAUCUACCAGGGAGGUGUGGAGCCCUCUCUGCGUAGAGUUGUGUGGCGUCACCUGCUAAAUAUAUUCCCGAUUGGACUCUCGGGGAAGGAACGGUUCGAUUACAUGAAGCGUAAAGAAAAUGAAUACUACCAGCUACGAGACAAAUGGCGUGACAUCAUCAGUUCCGGUUCAAUGACCGAGGACAUUCGUUACAUCACAUCCAUGGUUAAGAAGGACGUCUUACGGACGGAUAGGACACUAAAAUAUUUUGCCGGCGGUGACGACAGUAAAAACCUUUUGUCGUUAUUCAACAUUUUAGUCACAUACGCCAUCACACAUCCGGAAGUGUCAUACUGCCAGGGUAUGAGUGACGUUGCUUCGCCGCUUCUCGUCAUCCAAAAAGAUGAGGCACAGGCAUAUCUCUGCUUCUGUGGAAUCAUGGCCAGAAUGAAAACCAACUUCACGCUGAAUGAAAAUGCUAUGAACUUGAAAUUCAAGCAUUUAAGUGACAUUCUACAACUACAUGACCCUAUUCUUUAUUCGUAUUUGAAAGACCACGAUGCUGGGGACUUGUUUUUCUGUUACCGUUGGUUACUUCUCGAACUGAAGCGCGAGUUCCCAUUUGAGGAUGCGCUGUACAUGCUGGAGGUGAUGUGGAGCACACUGCCCCCUAUGUACCCUGAGAGUGAGCUCCCCUUGACUGACCUGGAUUUUUCUUUGGCUCUGUUAUCAACAUCACCAUGCUCACCCUCCUACUCAAAGAAGCCUAGUAUAUAUGAGAAGUUCAAGAAUAUGAGACGUGUGAAAUCUACCAAGGUUAAAGACGUUAAUAAACCUCAAAAUCUAGAGAUUCUGACAGGGGAGGAAACUGGGGGUAAUUCUGUGAACAAUAACAAUGUUUUAGUUUCCAAAAAUGCGACAAAUGCUGGUAAUGCUUCCCCAUUUGAGGAUGAAAAGUCUAUUGUUGGGGCACAAGAUUUUCCUUCUAUGAAGGACUCGAUGGUUGUCGAUGCCCAGGCAAAAUCUUCUUGUAUUGACAAGUCUCUUGAAACGGAGAUGGAGUCAAAAGUUAAGAAAUUACAUGACAGUGAUAAUAAAAUUCAGACUGAAACUGACAUUGCUGAAGAAACAGAAGAAGGGAAAAAUCUUAAACAACAGACAACUGAUAUCGGGUCUUGUAAGUCAGUUUUAAGUGUGUCAGAUUUGAGCAGCAGUGUUCAUGAUGAGCGCCCAGCAGGCACGUUUUAUAACGGAGACAUGACAAGCGAGACACCCACUGAAGGGACCGACAGCGAAGAGGUGGAGACAAUUUUCUCUCAAGAUCUGAUACAACCGGACGGUAGUAUAAACAAUGAUCCAAACUUUUGUCGUGAUUCUUUGACCACUGAGCUGAAAACAGAUGGAACGGAUGAUGAAUUGUGCAAUGAUUACGUAGAUGAGGACCAAGAUGAUAGCGGACAUUCCCAGUUCUAUCUCUCUCUGGACUCCACAGAUGAGGGCCAGACGGAGGCUUCACCAGUCGUCUCGGACAAUAAAUCCGUUAAAAAACCAGGAGAAAGAGCUGGGUUUUUCCACAAUGUCAAAGAGUUUAUUUCAAUCCCGAAAAAGAGGCCGACUGACAUACAAAUCCCAAAGGUUGUGGCUGGUUUUAAGGCUCCAGAUAUUGUACAGGGAUCACUGAAAACUGAUGACCUUCAAACAGUGGAAAAUGGAAAUGCUUCCCAAAAAAUUCAUCUCAGUAACGGGUUGAUAAAUGGGAAGAAAAUGUACCCAGGGAAGGCUGUGCUAUCUCCUGUAUCUGCUUCACCUGCAAACGGGGAAAAACUUACCAUCCCGAAUAUGUCUUCAAGUUCUGUCCCUUUGAACGACUCCGGAAUGAGUUUGUCUGAUUGUACUGAAAUAUCAGAUGACAGUUCACUCGAAGUAAUAAAGCACAGUAUUCCAUCAAUCCGACUCCCCCCUCCAGAUGUUUUUGGAAACGGCAACCCAUUCCUGAUGUUUGUAUGUCUCACGCUGCUUAUGCAGCACCGUGAGGCAAUCAUGCAUAAACAGUUGGAGUAUGAUGAGAUUGCCAUGAUGUUUGACAGAAUGGUGAGGAAACACAAUGUUCACAAGGUCCUUCACCAGGCCCGCGUAUUGUAUACUGAUUACCUACAGACACAGAAAAAGAUGGAGGAGCAAGCCGAGGCAGACGACCAUGUGUUUAGCGUGUAGUGCUGUAUACAAGGUCCUUCACCAGGCCCGCGUACUGUAUACCGAUUACCUACAGACACAGAAAAAGAUGGAGGAGCAAGCCGAGGCAGACGACCAUGUGUUUAGCGUGUAGUGCUGUAUACAAGGCCCGCGUACUGUACACCGUCCGUGACUAUCUACAGACACCUACCAAGAUGGAGGAGCAAGCCGAGGCAGACGACCAUGUAUUUAGCGUGUAGUGCUGUAUACAAGGUUGUUCGCCAGGGCAGACAACCAUGUAUUCAGUUAGUGGUUCUAUAUACAAGGUCUAUCACCAGGCCAACGUACUGUACAUCGAUCGAGACUGAUUACAGACACAAAGAUGGAAGAGCAAGCAGAGGCGGGCAACCAUGUGUUCAGUUAGUGGUUCUAUAUACAAGGUCUUCACCAGACCAACGUACUGUACAUCGAUCUAGACUGAUUACAGACACAGACAAAGGUGGCGGAACAAGCUGUGGCAGAUGACUUAUCAGUGUAUGGUUCUAUAUAUACUUUAAGCCAGGGUACAGUUGUUAAAUGCUUAGAUAUACAGCAUUUAUCCUGUGGCCAACACAUUAAUUUGUCUCAUAGUAGGGGGUGGGCUAAUUGAUGGACAAUGAAAAAAUGAACUUUGACUCAAAAUUUCGGGUGAGCUUAUUUGCAGGACAAUGACAUAGCUUUUAUAGCAUUUCCACUAAACUAAAAAUUUAUGUGGGUGGGCUUAUUACCAGACAUGGGCUAGUUAUCUGAUAUAUACAACAGCUUACAUAAUAUAUAAUCAAAUGCUGGAAUUUUUUCCAUUUAUGUUGAGACCAACAGUCAAGAUUUUCUGCACACAGGAUUUUUCUUUGAGAAUAAGUCUGGAAUCAUCUUUUGAUUCUAAGGAUAUUUUCUAAAUGAAACAACAAUUGUAAGCAAGAGGUUAGUAUCAAAAAGCUUUCCACAUAUAUAUGUUUGCAAUCUAAAAACAUUCUAAAUUCAUUUCCACAAAAACAGUUUAAUACCACCAUGAAUAUCCAAAUAUUCCUUACAAUAGCCAAGACAAACCGAUCCAAUAUGUGUAUCACUUUUGAUUAACUGUUUAUUUGUGAAUUAUUCUUACUGCAUGAAUUCACUGAACCAGGCAUUUAAAAAUAUAAGAUUAGGGUAAAUUUGUAAAAUCUAUAAAUUAUCAUUCCUGUUUGUGUUCUUUAUUAGGCUUAUCAAGGUAUAAUAUCAAAUACAUUAUAUAGUUAUGAAAUUAUGAUUUAGAAAUACUUACAUUUUUUAGCUUUUUAGCAGACAAAAUGUUUAACAGCUUGCUUCUGCAUUUGUUAAAAUGAUGUUGAUGACAUAGAUGUAUUGCAUUUUUGUGCAAUUUAACUGGCUGAUAAUUGUCGAAGUGAGUUGUUUUCCAAUAGUAUGUUAACUGUCUAUUCAAUGCUGAUGGGGUUUAGAGUACGUGUACUAAAUGCUGCAAGAUUGGAUUUGGUGUGAAGUUAUCUCCCUUCGUUCCAGGCGUCCAUUGUUCAGCUCUAUGACUGAACCUUUUUUCAUUUAUACUGACAAAUGAUUUUAGCAAUGUUUUAAUUAAACUUAACAUUUGUAACAUAUAAGUCUACACAUUUCUACAGCUGGCAAUGCAGGCUAUGGAAGUCUUUGUCAAGGCUUGCCAGGAAGUAAACAAACAAAACAAAUCACAUUGUCUUUAUUUGAUGAACAGACAAAGUAUUGGCCUGUGAUAAAUUACUUUUGUGUUAAUAGAAAGUACACUCUAUCAAACCAAACUGCUAUAAUGAAAGCGACUUUAACCGUAUGUAUACAUGGUCUUAUGAAAUCAGAGCUCAUGGAUGUUUUUUGGUUUAAACAGCGAAUUUAUAUAGUCCCAAAUUUAUUUGUACAAGGUAUAUUACACAAUUUAGGGGGGUGUUCAAUUGUUUCGUUCAAAAUUUUGAUAUUUUUUUAUCUUAAAAAAUAUUAAAUCUGGUGAAGGUUGUAAUUUUCAUCAAGAUAAAUGGAAAAACAUCGAAAAUUUUAAACGAAGCGAAAUUUUUAUAAACAGUAAUCAUCUUCAGAAAUUCCCACAAGAUUCUUCCCUGUCAUUUGACUUUAUUGCAAUCACCAGAACAGAGUCUCCUUUGUUUCUGAUGAUGAGUAAUCACAUACAAGAUGUACACUAUCUCUAAUACAAUUGUUGUACUGUAUAAAGAGUAUAUUGUGCUUAGUUAUACUUACAAAGAUUAUAUUUUCUGUAAAUGAAGAUUUGCUGGUAUUAUGUGAAACUACUCGUUCGUACUUCCUGAUCACACUGGUCUGCCUAAAGUACUUGUAAUGAGGAAGUUUUCUUUAAAUGGGGAAAUCAUGUCUGUCAUUAUGAUGUGAUAGAUGACUGAGCCAUACAAUUUGUAUCAUAUUUAUACCUGUAAAACACAUCUAGGGCCGUUAAUUAAAAGGUUUUGCAGUAGGCAUGUUCCUGUGGAAUUUGUCUAAAUUAGGUUUGAAAAAGUUUUAAAUUUUUGUGAAUAUGUGUCAUGAAUGUUUGAGAGCUUUCAGUACUCUGGUCCUAAAUACCAGUCAACAUACAGUUUUAAAUUGAUAUUGAAUUUCAACUCUGUUACCACAUUAUGUUGAUAAGGAGUACUACACAUGCUUCAAGUUAAAAGUACAUUGUAUUUCUUGAAUCAUGUCUUGUUGUAAAAAAAAUCACACAUGUUGUGUGGGAAUGAUAAAUCUUUUUAGUGCUGUUGAUAUUUGAAAGCUGAGUAAUUUGUGAGAGAACUUGUAAAGAAAUGUAAAAAAAAAAGAGCUCUCUAUUUGUUCUUAUGUUUACCGGUAUAUGUAAUAUUGAAUACUUCUUGGUAAUCAGUUCAGAUAUGAAUUCCUGUGAUACCACACAUAUAUCAUGUGUAAUACUUUGUGAUCUAUUUGUGGUAUUUAUGGAACAGGUAUUAAAAGAACAAUUCACAUAAAUAACUCCCAUGUGGUCGCAAAAUUAAACCCUUACGUAAAUCAACAAAGUAGAUUACGGGUAUUGUGUUAAAACAGUCAGCCCUACAAAAAUGCCACACAUAGGGUGUUCUAGUCUGAACCAAGGGAGGUAAUUCAUGAAUGGCAUAUUGUGAAAUGAAAAGCUGGUUAUAUUAUGGACCCUCUGUAAAAAAACAAAAACAUAUUUCAAUCAUAAAAUUUUUCAAGACACUGCCUUAACAAAUUUUAAGCUACUUUUUGUAUGAAAUUCUCAUUUCUAAAUCUUAUUUUAAAAGAAUUUUAUCAAUGCAAAACAAACAUGGGGAGGAAAUAUAGCAUUCCGUUUACAAAUAUGUAUAUGCUUACGUUUGUUUGUAAUUUUGAUAAAACUUCAUAUAAUGGUCAAUAUUAGAAUACCUGGAAUGAGUCCGUAUUUCAGGGUGCCAAAGUCACAUUUACUAUUUAUAGAAAAUCUUGUCAGUACUCUAGUGACUUCAUUUUGAAACAGAAUUUGAUCAAACUUCAUACAUUUAUCUUGGGCAAGUAUGAAAAUACCUAGAACGAGUUGGUCUCGGGGCUUAAUAGUCACAGGGUGUUUCAGCGAGUCAUUAGUGGUACAUAAGGUAAUAUGUAUCACUUCAGAUGACUUGUACAUGUUUUGAUCUUCAAACAGAAAUAUCGAAACAAUUCAAGAUACUGCCAUGUGUGUUCAUAACAAAAUUGCAAUAAAUGAUUAAGUCCUGGUUUAUUGGAAACAUUUCUGUCGCAUCAGAAUGAGUCGAAUAGUCCCAGUUAACUAAUAUGUUCCUCUUGUAUCUACACCAGUUCAGGUGUCAAAACGAUGUUACACUUUCACUCAACCUGAUAUUUAUUGAACGUACCCUCCAGUAUUCAGCCCUAAUUUAACUGUUUGAUAAUUACCAGAUAUAUGUGUGGUCAAUGACUUCGUUUUUGAAAGUAACAUUUUUAAUAUGACUCUUCUCCAAACCCUCCCCAACAUAUUUUAUAUAUCGCCAUCAAUCAAGGUUAUUCAUUAAGGCAUGGAAGUUUAUUGUUAUUCUGGAGAUGUCAAUGUCAGACAAGGUCAAAUUGAGGUAAAAGGUUGACGAUGUGUAUUGUCAACCAGAGGAUGUUAUCACCCAUCAGGGUGAUGGCGGCCAUCUUGAUGUUGCCAUUGACAACGGGUACUAAAUGUUGCUGUAUAUAUCUAUAGUGAGUUCAGUAAUAACAUAUGUAGCGACAGUUCCGUAUAUAUCUUGUAAUGACCACAGGGAAUAUCACAUAGACUUUGUUUGCCUUAUUUAACGACAAUGUACAGUUGUCUUCUUUUUUUUACAUCCUCAAUACUCCAAGGGUUAGGAUGACUUUCUCUUAGCACGGAGCGAAAGUGACCAUAUCCCCUGGAGUAUUGAAGAUGAUUUUUAUUAUUGAAAUGAUUAUAUUGCUGGAUAAUUGACAUAGAAGGCUCUUUUAAUUUUCUGAUGUUAUGGUUAAUUUGGAAAAGGACUUAAUUUUUGUUUUUUACUAUGCUGGGUUUAUCACCCUGUGAACAACCUGCAGGGUCAUUUGGAACAGGGACAGAAAAAUCACAAAUUUGUUGUCAUAUUUCAUUGUUUCAGCUUGGACCAUAAAUACUUAAAAUGUCAUUAUGUUCACAAAGACAAAUAAUAUCAUAAGGUUGUGAUUAUGAGGCCAUUUGUGGCCUGAAAAAAAACAUGUGCAAUCUUGGAUGUAAAAAUUAUAAACAGCCAACCAAAAGGUUGCUUGUGCAAUAGUGUUGAUAUUCUGUAGGGCAUGGGUUAUAUGCUUAAAUGUAGCUGAACAUGUCAGUUGGUACACGAAACCUUUGUGUAUAUUUGCUUUUUACUGCUCAUUCAUCUGAUGAAAGUGAAUGAGAAUUAAUCGCUCAAAUGUCAUAUAUAUGUGAAACUAUGUAGAAAAAUGUUAUAUCUGAACUAUAGAACUGUGGCUUAUGGGGAAAAAGGGGCAAAAUUAUAUCCAGAAAUUUGCUGAAACAUAAUUGAAUGCAUAGCCCGAGAAACUAUGGUGGCAUUAUAUUAUAGAUAUCUACCGGCAAACAAUUUGAUUUGAUACCAUUAUAUCUCGCCCCUCUUACCGACCUCCAACUUUGUUGUAGGGCAUAAAAAAAACUUUAUAUUGCAAAAAAAUUCACGAAAUUGUUUGAUGAAUUUCUAUGUAUAAUCAUAGCAUUUCACAGGAUGUUAAUUAUUUGCUUCUGAGACAUGUGCCAUGCAUUUUAACAACAUGAUGAUGUUGAUGAUGUUGAGCGUUUCAUGUUAUAGAUAUACAGUAUUAAAAUGCAUUCCACUUAGUGUUGUUCAGAAAAUCGUGAUCUAUUCCUGUCAAAUGUAGAUCUAAGAACAUGUUAGCAUCAUUUUUCAAUAGUAUGUAGAAAACCUUUGUGCUUAGUGUUUGUGGGAAUGAAAAAAAAAUGCUUCUGAGAAGCAUGUGCCAUGUUUAUGGAGAAAAAAUGAAUCAAAUGAAAUUUCAAAAUGAUUGUCAUACUCAUAAACCUUCACUUAUUGUAAAAAUACUGGGUUGCUUUUCAUUUGUAAAGUUGUAUUCCUUCAUGACGUAUCCAUCAUCCAUUGUGAAUUUGUGAGUAUGGAAACAGAGUAGCUAUAUACCAUUAACACCAUAUGGCUCAUCCGCUUUGGUGGAGGUAUUGUGACUUUUACUGUGUAUGUUCAUCAAAUGUUUAACUUAUCUUAACAAGAUCAUUAUCAUUCAAGAAAGCACAUAACGACUUUAAGAAUUUCUUUUUUAAAUCUGUAACCUUUGAGAAUUUUGUCUCAAUUACACUUUUUAUUUUCAAAGAAAUUAGCUGUAUAUCCCCCACCUGCGUUGUACAUUUGGCACAGUCUAAGGGAGGUAAUUCUAGGUAAUAUUUUCGUUCUUAAUGAAAGCAAAGGAUUCUUAAUUUUCCAACAAGGUUAAAAAAAAUAUUGUAUUGAUAGAUACAUAUAAAUAUGUUCAUAGGGUAUGAUUUUAAAAGAAUCCAAUAUUUCAAUAAAUGUUCAGAGUCAAUUUCAGAUACCCUGGUUCACUUGAGUGCCAAAUACUAACUUUAUACAAUUUUGAGAUUUUGAAAAACUUGAUAACACAUUAACGAGUCUCGUUGCUAUUUUUUUUUUGCGAGAACUUUAACAUCAUAUGCAAUUUGUAGUCAUGUAUUAUGAAAUCCAUUGUGAAUUGUGAGUAUGGAAACAGAGUAUAAUAAAAUUAUUUUAUUUUGUUUUGUUUUGGCAUGUAUUGUCAAUUAAAGUUUUCUGUUGUUGCA